UAUUAGGAUAUCGAAUUUUUGGUGAAAAAACAUAUUAGAAGACCUGGACUAGUUUCAUACUAACAAAUAAAGGAAAAUCUUCUUACAGUCUCUUCAACUCGGUUGAACUCAGGGAAUUGGUGAGGUUCAAAACCGAGAUCUUUUUCAGAUCAAGGAAGACCCCGUUUUUACUGGGACAGUUCUCACACUCUCAAAUUUUCUUAUAGUUACCUCUGAUUUCUGGGUUUAAGAUGGGUAAGUGCUCAAGGAAGGAUAACAAUAUCAGUGAUCUGCCUCCAAACAUUAUUGAAAAAAUCCUAACAAAGAUCCGAAUAAGGGAUGCUGUAAAAACCAGCAUCCUGUCUACCAAGUGGAGGUAUCAAUGGACAGCCAUGACUCUCCUCGUAUUUGACGAAAUACCAGAUGGUUCUCUAGAUGAUCAAAAAGCUGCCGAGAUAAGACUUGCAAACUUUGUCACACAAUUUCUUUUACUUCAUGAUGGCCCUAUUCAUAAGUUUAAAGUAACUACUUCAUACUUGAGAAUGUCUACUGAUAUCGAUCAAUGGCUACGUGUCAUAUCAAGGAAAGAUAUAGAAGAGUUAAUUCUUGGCGAAAAUUGGAACUGUAUCAAUAGCAUCCCAACGCCUUCUCAUUUAUUUUCUUGUCAAGGACUGACAAGAUUGAAGCUUUGCAAGUUUGUGGUGAAGCCUCCUUUAAAAUUUCAAGGCUUUCCUUGUUUAAAGUACCUUAACCUGGUACAUUGCACAGCUGCUCUUGAGUUUAUUGAAAACCUUCUUUCAAGUUGCCCUCUUCUUGAGAAGUUUAAAUUGAUAACUGCGGACAAACUAGCUUUGACAGUCCGUGCCCCAAAUCUGAAGCAUCUGUUUGCCGCUGGAUACUUGAGAGACUUAUAUCUUGAGCAUACUCCAGUUCUGGUUUAUUUAUGCAUAAUCUUUGAAAAGGUUUGGAAAGAUAAUCUCCUUGUGAAAGUUCCAGUUACUUACGAUUCUAUAAAGAUCAUUGAACUUGAAGGCAUUAAUUUUGAAGAGAUGAACGCAGUGUUGUAUGUUCUUCACUUACUUUUGCACUCCCCUAAUCUUCAGGAACUUCGAGUCUCAGAGGAUCUCAGUUGUGGUCAUUAUAAAGCUGCUGGCUUGGAUUUUUGGGAGAAAUGUUGCCCUUCUGACUUCACAUUCAAGCACCUUAAAGUUAUGAAAAUGUCGAACGUGAUGAACAAACAUAACAUAGAGUUUCUCAAAUUUGUGCUCGAACGUUCUCCGGUUCUUGAGGUUGUGAGUGUUUCACCUCCGUCUAUGUAUUAUAAAGAUGGACAGAUGAAUAUGGUGAAUGAGGUGCUGCGUGUUGGACGAGUUUCUCCCAGUGUUGAAAUAAAUUUUUUGGAUCCCUGGUGAAGUGCUGCAUAUUCGUAUAUGCAUAUCUCUAUGUCUUGUUGUCUUUGGGUAACCUGUGAUUAGUUUUUAAAAUGUGUUUGUCAGUUGUCUCAUCUUAAUUGUUGAAGCCUUGAAGCCAGAAGAAUCAGCUUGGCUUUUCCAGGCGCUUGUUCACAAGUGGUAUUUUAGCAUGACUCUGAUCUUAAUUUGAUACACCAUGUUUUUAUGCUCACCUCCUUUCUUGGACAUCAAAAGUUCAUGUCUUGGGAUUUUUUAUGCGUAUUUCGUUUUUUAAUUUUCAAUUAAAAGUUCGUUUUGAGAUU